GUUCACCGUUCAGGAUAUGGGAUAGGCAUUUAGGAUCAUGAUAAGGAAACAGUUCUUCAGUCACGGUAUUCAACCUGUGGAUUUCUGUGGAGAGAGUAUCAGUGCAUGCAUUCCAGAAAGAAAUUCUUCAAUUUUGAGAAAGAAAACAAUGACACGUUGGGCUCGUGCUAACAACAUCCAUAAAAAGAAGGUCCUGGAUGCCACACCAUGGAGUCAACUGAAACAAAAUGGUGCUAGAGACCCCAGUAAGACAAUAGUGAAAAACAGUCGGGGUGAAAAGCAGCAAGCAAAGGAUGGGAGAAUUCCAAACAAAUCAAAACGGAAGGAAAGUGAAUGGUAUCACAUCAAAGAAGAAUAUCACAGUGAAGAUGUUAAUGGGUUUAUGGAUUACCUGAAAGAAACAGGUCAGGUUCUCCACAAAGGAACAUUGGUGGCAGCAGACAGUGAGAAGUUAAAAGUUGAUGCAGCAUUAGCUCUGAAGAAGGACCAGAGACGGGAGCACAGAAGAUUGAAGAGGCAAAUGCAAAAGAAAAAUGCCAUGAUAUGUUUCCACUGCAAAAAAACAGGACAUGGAAUGGACCAGUGUCCAGAAAUGGACAGAGAUGAAGAAGAGAGUGGAAGUGGUAUCUGUUACCGAUGUGGUUCCACAGAACAUGAGAUCCGCAAAUGCAGAGCAAAGGUUGACCCUGCUUUAGGAGAAUUUCCAUUUGCAAAAUGUUUUAUUUGUGGUGAAAUGGGACAUCUUUCAAGAUCCUGCCCAGACAACCCAAAAGGACUGUAUGCAGAUGGCCGCUGCUGCAGGCUGUGUGGCUCAGUAGAGCACUUUCAGAAAGACUGCCCAGACCAUCAGAAUAUGAAUCAUUCUGUUUUAACUGUUGCCCGAUGGACAGAAGGAAUGAGUGCUGAUUACGAAGAAAUCCCAGUGACUUCAAAUACUCAUAAAGCAAAGCCUAAAGUUCCAAAAACUGUGAAUUUUUAAAUGGAUCUUUGAAAUGAGAAUUUCAUCGAUUUGCUUGCAGGGGAAUCCAGCAACUCAUUGCUAGAAUGCUCGUGUUUUGAUUUAAAAAUGUAAUUGUUAUGUUGAAAUGGGUAGUGUGAAAAACUUCAAUUUAAUGCCAGCAGGUGGGGCUAUUGUGUGCCAAAUCCAGGCCUGAUGCAAUUUAAAAUUGUUCAUUGCUCCUAAUUCUAAUAAAUGAUUGUAUACAAUUGCAUUGAGAUGAUAUUUGGUCCAUAUAAUUUUGAAGAAAUUGAAGAAUUGAGCUUUGCUGCAACAACUUGCACUUGUACAGUGCCUUGAAUGUAGGAAAAAGUGCUUCACGGCAAAACAAUUGGACAAGAAUUGACACCAAGCCAAAAAAGAUGUUGAGAACUUUUGUCAAAGAUAAAUUUUAAGGAAAGUUGUAAAGGUGAAGAAUAGAAGUGAUACAAAUAGGGAAUUGUAAAGUUCAGGGCUUAGAUGUCCAAACAUAUGACACAGGGAAUGGGGGAUGAUCGCGAGACCAGAGUUGGGAGGAACACAAAUGUCUUGGAGGGAUGGAGGUUUCGGAGGAGAUUGUAUUGUGUAUACAAUAUGUGGAAUGUUGAUUAGCUCAGUUGACUGGAUGGCUGGGUUGUGAUGCAUCUGUUUGGGCUGAAUUCCUGCACCAGCUACCAUUACAGAACUCUUUUUUUUUUAACCUCUCCCCUCCCUGAGGUGUGCUGGCCAUCAGGUUAAACUACCACCAGUCAUCGCUCUCUCUCCCUCUCUCUGUCUCCCCCCUCUCCCUCCCCUCUCUUUUUCUCUCUGAUGAGAGAGCUGUCCUGUGAUUCAGUCGGAAUUUGACUUUGCCUCUUUAUUUGGGAAGGAGCAGAGAGAUUGAUUCAUGUUUAAAUUUGGCUGUACUCUCUUCUGCAUUAUAUGUAUUUUUUGCUAAAAAGUAAAUAAGAUUCAAAUCAACAAUCUCUAGAAUAGCCCUGGGAGCACGCACUAAUCAUGUGACCCAAAGAGGUGCUAUAUGAAAGACAAGGAAAGUUAUUGUUGUAAUAUAGAUAAAUAAAGUUAUUGUUGGUAAUAUAGAUAAAUAAAGAAUAAUAUUUGCAAAGAGAGAGCUAGCUUGUGCUGCAAUGCCAUACAUGCAGCUGUUGCAUUGAUGCUGGCCCAGAUACAUAUACACACAGUCAAGUAGUGAAGUAGACCCUCGGAUAUUUUAUUUCCACGCAAAGUGACAGUCGAAUCCGUGUUUAAUAUCUCAUUUGAAAGCUGGACUCAAAAUCACUCCCUAUGUACUUUGCUGGAGGGUCAUCCUUGAAUAUAGAUUCCAGUCUAUGGAGAGCUUCAUUUGGACCAAAGCUAACACCAACAGUGAGAGGUAAAAACAGUCAAAUAAAAGCUAAGUCCUGACGAUGCUGGAAAUCUGGAGUAAAAACAACGAUCUGGGGAAAUUCAGUAAAUCUGGCAGAAACUGUGGAGAGAGAAAAACAAAGGUAACAUUCUGUUAACAUUCCAAAAUAACUCUUUGGAACUGAUUUAGCAGUGUUCAGCUCCAAGAUUAGAAUGAUAAAGCUCUUUGCACAUGAAUGGUUACAGAAACAAAGAACACCUAUGAAACAGUACCCCAAGCCAGGAAACCAUAUAUUCCCAAGACUAAGGAAGUAAUUUGGCUAAAAAAAAUUAGAGAGAUCCACUGAAUGCUCAAGGCUUUGACUGUUGGUAGCAAUCAAAAUUGUGAUAUUACAAUGAUGUACCAUGUUCAUAAG